UUUCCUUUCCACCGCUUGCUUGGUUUUCUAUGUUUUUUGUAGGACGAGAAAUGGGUAUCACAGAUUUCAUAAACCCAAUGGAGUGCACAAAACCCUUACAUGAGGUGCUGAGGGAAUUGACAGAAGGUGGAGUUGAUUACAGCUUUGAGUGCUCUGGGAAUCUAGAUGUUCUUCGCGAGGCUUUUCUGUCAACUCAUCUGGGUUGGGGAUUAACCGUGAUUCUGGGAGUCCACCCAUCACCUAAAUUACUACCGCUGCAUCCUAUGGAGCUGUUUGAGAGGAAGAUAGUCGCUGCUGUGUUUGGCGACUUCAAACCAAAGUCUCAGUUGCCAGAUUUAAUCAGCAAGUGCUUAACUGAGGAAAUUAAAAUAAAUCUGAAUGGGUUUAUAUCUCAUGAGCUGCCCUUCUCUGAGAUCAACCAAGCCUUUCAAUUGCUUUCAGAUGGGAAGGCUUUGAGGUGUCUUUUGAAGCUUUGA